AUGUCCGGCAAGCUGCUGACGACGGUUGUCUGGGGAUUGAUUGUGAUGCAGUUCGUACCACACUGUCCCUCGGUCACCGGGUUUAAUGGGACCCAUGACAAGGUUGAGAUUGCGGCAACUACCACACCGGCCACCGUCUGGAAGAGACCACCGAUCGAGUACGACAGGGAUCUGGUGAUUGAACUCAUCGAAGCGGCAGAUUAUCCAAUCGAAAAGCACGUACUCACGACGUCCGACGGUUACAUCCUGAAGCUGCACCGCAUACCGGAUCCGAUGCAGUUCCCCAGCGCGGAACAGGCCACCGAUACGAAGAAUGCGGACGACCCGAACGGCGAACAGUUGCGCUUUGGCCCGAACAAGACAUUCCGCGGGACGGUUCUGCUCGUGCCGGGACUGUUCUCAACGGCGGCCGAUUUUGUUGUCACUGGGCCGGAAAAUGCGUUGGCCUUUGUGCUGGCCGACGCCGGCUAUGACGUGUGGCUUGCCAAUGUGCGUGGGUCGCGCUUUUCGAGGAAAAACACCAAGCUGAGUGUGGCCGAUAGCGAGUUCUGGGAUUUCAGCUUUCACGAAAUCGGUACAAUCGAUCUUCCGGCCAUCAUCGACUACAUCGUGCGAGAAACGAACGCGCAGAAAAUAUUCUACGUAGGUCACAACCAGGGCAUGACGGAUCUGUUCGUGUUGCUGUCCAGCAAACCGCGCUACAACCGCAAAAUUCAUCACGCCAUUGGGCUAGCCUCGAUUGCGUACCUCGGUACAACGGAAAACCGCGUCGUGCGCCGUGCAGCCGAACUGACCGACAAACUGUACGCCACCCUACGUGCGCUCAACAUCCACGAACUGAGGCCCUCGCCGGACAUUGUCCGACUGCUGAGCGGUACCGUGUGUGCCAGCGACAUGAGCGAACUGUGCGGGGAAAUGAUGCGUGGCUUUUUCGGCACAACCGUUGAUCGAUCGCGCAAUCUGCUGCCGCACAUUGUGGAUGAUCUGCUGACGAGCGUAUCCACCCGGCAGCUCAUCCAUUUCGGGCAGCUGAUGCAAACGAAGAAAUUUCAACAGUUCGAUUAUCGUAACUACAUGCUCAACACGCAAAAGUAUGGCCAGGCCAAACCACCGGAAUACAACCUAACGCGGGUGCGUCUCGCAGUGUCACUGUUUCAUGGAACGAAUGAUUUUAUCACCUCCACAAAGGAUGCGCUCCGGCUGAAGGACGAAUUGAAAAAUGUGAAACAAUUCCUCGAAGUUCCCGAUAUGAACCACAUCGGGUUUGUGUAUUCGGACCGGCUGUACGGACGAGUGAACGGGAGGAUAAUCGAAAUCUUUAACCAACACCCACAAGCAUAACGAGCGUUCACCAUUGUCAUCGUUUGCGCAAUCACACACACACACUGUGCGCUUGUUACAGUUAAUAUAUUCUUUAUUGUGGCUUUACAACUCUCAAAUACGCGAGCAAAGGAAAAUUGUAACGCAACUAAUGAAAGAACCAUUACUUUAACUGAAAAUUAUUAAUUAACGAAAACACCGCACAACCGUGGGUGCGCGGUGUUGUUGAACGAUCGUGAAAAAAAAACUAAAAUACGAGAGCAAAAAAAAAACGAAUAAACCUAAGGCAUUAUUAUCAUUAGAUUUUGUGAAGAGAUAUCUUAUGAUCGUAAGUGUGUGUGUGUGUGUGUGUGACAUCAGGCACACACACACACGAUUUCGAACUGUUUCCAUUCUGUUGUUGUUUGGCGCUUAUCGCUCAUUGGUGAUUUAAAGUGAUCAACUGUACUGUCUAACAACCGGUUUUGUUGCUUACCGCACGGUACGUACGUACGUACUAA